ACUCAACAUCACACUUGAUAAAAGAGAAUCUCACCUACUAGAGUAACUUCUUAAGCUUAAAAUUUUAUUAUGAGAAACGAUGAGAAUCCGAAAUGGCUUCUCCCUCUGAAACGUCUCUCUGCUCUUCUGAUGGAAAAACCAGUUAUACUUGUGUUAGAACUUCUGAAGAAGAAGACCACCUGUCUCGAAGCACAAAGAAGAUCAAAGGAGCCAACGUGAACGAUGAUGAUACCAUGCUUGAUAACCCGGCUGGGGGUCCUCAGUCUGAAGAUGUUUCGGCCCCUCUGUGCAAUGAUGCUACAGUACUAAUUAGGUCUCAGGAACCUAACCCUAAAUCUUUUUAAAUGGCUCUCAUCAAUAAACGAUCUAACGAGAGACUAUUUGAGGAAGGGUUAGAGGAUCUACUCACUGACGAUGAGUUUGUAAGUGAUGAUAAGGAGAUCGACGACCUUACGAACCCGGACUUGGAGACGUUGGGUAUUCCACGAAUCUCCCUUCCUAAGAAGCUUCUAGCUAAGAUCCGAAAACCUUGGAAGAACUGCUUAAUCAUCAAGCUCUUGGGUAAGAAGGUUAGGUACAAACUUCUUAUGUCAAAGAUUCGAAAGAUUUGGGAUCUUCAGGGGGAUUUCGAAGCUAUUGAUCUUGACUCUGGUUUCCUCCUUCUUAAUAAAUUCCAAAUGAAGGAGGACUACUCCGAUGUCUAUACAGGGGGCCCUUGGAUUGUCCUCGAUCACUAUCUCACUGUUCGGAAAUGGACGCCUGAUUUCAAACCGUCGGCAGCCAAAGAAACUACAUCAGCACUGUGGGUCCGAUUUCCCCAAUUACCCAUCGAAUACUAUGAUGAGAAAGUGCUUUUUCAUAUUGCAAAAAUGAUUGGCAAACCUCUCAAGAUCGACCUUAAUACAGCUACCUCGUCUAGGGGCAAAUAUGCUCGUGUCUGCAUUGAAAUGGAUCUUAACAAGCCCCUUAUUUCUCUUUUUGCUAUUGGUAAGUAUACCUAUUUUAUUGAGUAUGAACACUUACACACCUUCUGUUUCACUUGUGGCAGGGUUGGACACCGACGGGAAUGGUGCAGUGAAAAGCCACUAUCAACGGUGAAUCUGCGGAACGCCGAUGUCUCUGCUAACCAGAUUAUUACCGUUGCCAAUGAUUCCGGAAACAAAAAAGGCCCAACCCAGUCAAGUCAGAUGCCGUUGCAUGAGCCCACAGACAAGGAGGAGGGUAAAUUUGGGCCAUGGAUGCUUGUGGACCGCAAGAAUAGAAGGCUUGGCCCAAUUUCUAAGCCCAAUGGAAAAAGUAUCCAAAGGCCCACCCACCCCAACCAUAGACCUCGUUAUGGGAACAACUCAUCAACUUCUGACCCAGGCCCAAGCUUGAAAGUUUCUACACCUAACUAGCCACUUCCAAAACAGGUUGGAAGGAAAGAUAAUAUGUUGGAUAAAAAAUCAUAGAAAUCGGGUGAAGGUCAGUCUAUUGAUAUGAUACGUAGAGGUAAUGAGUUCACUUCCAAUCCCUUUGACUGUUUACAACCUCGCGUUACUGAUACUGAGAUGACUACACCCUCUGUUAUAGCUGCAGAAUGCAUUGAUGGUUCUGUGAACCUGACCACUAGCCCAACUUUAGCUCCACCUACGCCAGUUCUCCUUCAUUUGAAUUGUGAUUCUACAAAGACUACCAACCCACCCUCUUCCACCAUUACCUUAAUGACUAUUCCCAACCCUCAGCCCAAUCCAAUGGUACCUUUGGAUCAUGGUGCUCCCGGAGGUCCUCAAACACAGAAUCACCUGCAACUAGAUGUAUAUUGCAAUAGAUCAAGAGAUAGAAGCUACUCACCUAAUCGUAACCGAAUGGUGGAUAGAGGAAGCCCGCGUAAAAAUAGAUCUUAACUUGGAGAGCUACAGGGCAGUAAAUCAUAGCCUUCUGAUCGGUCCAACAUGAGCCAUGGUGAACGACCGCAUUCGUGUACAAAAAAUCAUAGGGAUUCCUGAUUAUUGCCCCCUUCCUGACUAUCCAAACUCGUCAUCCAUGAAGUUGCUUGUAUGGAAUUGUAGGGGUGCGGGUAAUAAAGUUUUUAAACGCAACUUGCGUAAGUUCAUAUCGAUCCAUAAACUAACUAUUUUAGUUCUUAUAGAGACCAAAGUACAACUUAGUUCUAUGGGACUGUUUUUCAACAAGCUGGGUUUUACUGCGUCUACUCAUAUGGAUCCUGUUGGUAAAUGUAGCGGCAUUUGGAUGCUUUGGGAUACCUUUAAAUCUACAGUUAUGGCCUUGGAUGCAAACUCACAAGUUAUUCACGCCAAGAUCAAACGCGAUAAUUUCUCGGAUUGGAUACUCUCAGCAGUGUACGCUAGCCCUAUUCCCCGAUCCCGUGAUGCUCUUUGGGAGAAUCUUGAAUCUGUGGCUGAUAACAUGACUGAGCCGUGCCUAGUUACAGGUGAUUUUAAUGAUUUCGCUAGUCAGAAUGAAAAGCGAAGCUUCUCCUCCGCACAAGAUCACACAAGGACUCGCAAAUUCCAAGCUCGUCUGAAUAGGUGUAAACUCAUGGAUCUUGGAUGUUCAGGCCCACGUCUCACUUGGACUAAUGGGAGGCAAGGCCUGGCUAACACCCUGGACCGUGCUGUUUGUAAUACUGAAUGGAGACUUCAAUUCCAAAAGGGAGAAGUUAGGAACCUUCCGAGGACAUAUUUCGACCACUCUCCUUUGAUCGUCUACACCGAAGGAAAUUUAAAAAUGAACACAGAUGGCAACGCAAGAGGUGACCCAGGAGAUGGCGGUUUUGGUGGCUUGAUCCGCGAUGAGAAAGGAAUCUGGAUUUGCGGUUUUUAUGGGAAGCUUACGAAGUGUUCAUGCAUUGAGGCAGAAAUCUGGGCCAUAUAUCGUGGUUUGACAAUAGCUUUUGAAAAAGGUUAUAAGGAUUUGAUCAUAGAAACCGACUCUAUGGAUGCCAUUGACAUGCAAAAGAAGAAAGUUGAGGUAAUUUCUUCUCUGCGCAGCCUAGUGGAGGACUCCAAGUUCCUUAUCCGCAGAUGUGGAUAUACUCUCCAACACGUUUUGAGGGAGGGUAAUCUGAGUGCUGAUGGUCUGGCUAAAAUGGGUGCUGAUCAAGAUGAACCUCUUGUUGUUAUGGAAGAUGCCCCGGAUGGAAUCCGUAGUCAAGUUGUGGCGGACUUGAUCGGACACAGCUCUCGUAGGCAGAGCCCUUCUCUUCCUUAAGCUGUUCUGUUUGUGUUGUUUUGCUUCUUCUGUUUUGUCUUUUCAUUUUCCGUUGUACCGAAAAAAAAGAGAAACGAUGAGAUAUUUGAACCUCCAACCUCAACUUAAAAAAAGGGAUAAAUUACACUCAUUUUUUCUAAAUUUGGAAAAAAAAAUUAAUAAUAAUAAUAAUAAUAAUAAUAAUAAUAAUAAUAAUAAUAAUAAUAAUAAUUAUAAUAA